AUAUAUAUAUAUAUAUAUAUUUAUAUAUAGUUGCCGUCUCCCCAUCAUCAAGAUCAGAUCAGAAUUUAGAGUCAUCCAUGGGAUCAAGCAUGAAGGUGCACCAGUUCGCACGUGGGCUCUGGGAGCACGAACCCCCCUCCCUCACGCUUGGUUGCAAGCGUCUCCGCCCUCUUGCUCCUAAGUUCCCCGGCAGUGACGCUCCCGCCGCCACCCCCUCCUUCGAUCUCAAGAGCUUCAUCCGCCCUGAAAGCGGACCCAGAAGGUUUGGACCGUCUGAUGAUCAGAAGAUCAGAUCAGAAACACCUCAGGUAGAGACACACCCAGGUGGGACGAGGUGGAACCCGACGCAAGAUCAAAUAGGGAUACUAGAGAUGCUUUACAAGGGAGGAAUGCGCACCCCAAAUGCCCAUCAAAUAGAGCAGAUCACAGUCCAGCUCGGAAAAUAUGGAAAGAUUGAAGGGAAGAACGUGUUUUACUGGUUCCAGAACCACAAAGCCCGGGAGAGGCAGAAGCAGAAGCGCAACAGUCUGGGUCUCAGCCACUCUCCGAGGACUCCCGCCGCCGCCAUUUCCACCUCCGUAACACUGGACACACGGAGACAAGCGGAGAGAGAAGAAUUAGACAGCCCAUACAAGAGAAAGUGCCUGACAUGGACUUUUGAAUGGUUGGAAGAUCAAGAGAAGAGAUUAUGUAAAGAAGAAGGGGAGGAAGACAACAAAACUCUGGAGCUUUUCCCAUUGCACCCGGAAGGCAGAUUAUGUGAAAAAUGAGAUCCUUGUGUUUUUUUUUUUUUCCUAAUUUGUUGACUUAAUUCACUUUGGUUGGCUUAAUAUGCUGUGCUUGUUCUUUCUUUCUUGGUUUCGGGAAAGAAGAAGAAGAAGAAAGACAAGUUGUAUCUUUGUCCUGCUCCUGAUAGUCGAGCCAUAUAUAUUGUUAUUCCUGACAUGGAAACCAAAGUGCAUGCUUUAUGGCUCUUGGAAAAUGCCACUGAUUCAUCUUUAUUCGUUUGCGUGUGUUUUUCUG